GUCGUUGUUGUUUGACUGCACGCAGGUAGGAACACAGAUUUGGAUGGGCAACCCGGAGGGCAGUGAAGUGGUGGUGUGGCGUGGAUGGCUCUUGUUUACUUUAAUAAUUAAACUGCAUUAUUUUAUUUGAUUAUAUGAACGGUUGAACAUUACUUUGGUUUUCUUAUGCUUCCGCGACGUUUGGAUUUAUUUAAAUAUUCUGGUUCGUGCAGAGCAGUUUUAAAUCAAAGAUUAUGGUUUGAAGAUCAAUUCUGCCGCCAUCAUAGUUUCCGCUACAGAAUACGGUUAGGUUUUCAGCCAUGUAUGGAAAAGUUUGAUGGAAAUGAUUUUGGGUUUUAGAAGAUGCAAGUCGAGAAUGUUCUUUAUCAUAAAGACUUAUACCAAACAUUAUCGGGAGAAAACCUAGAAAAGAUGAGUGAUAUAGAUUGGACAAUUUUUGACAGGAAAGCUUUGGGAGUGGUCAGGUUGUCAUUGGCGAAGAGUGUUUUUUUCAACAUUGUCAAUGGAACGACUAGACAUGGGAUAAUGAAAGCUUUUCCGAAUAUGUACGAUAAACCCUCAACAUUGAAGAAUGUGUUUUCAAUCAAACAUCCUAGUUCGAUGUUUGUCUCAGAAGCCAUGAGAGUGAUGGACAUGUCACAGUCAAAGAUGGCAAAGAAAGAGAACGAGACACGGGUUAUGACUGAUGAGUUGAAGCUAUGUGGGAGCUUCAACGGGCCUUUAGACAACUAAAGAGAAGGGCACUACAACUGGUGGUAAAUGAAGAUUACCAGAGUUA